AUGGCAAGCCUGGUUCGUUCCACAGCUGAGCCCACCGUGAGCAGCUACAACGCCAUUUGCUCUGCAUUGGCUGCAGCCAUGCGCUGGGCGCAGGCCCUCCACGCUCUUGCUGGCAUGAGGCACCUGGGCGCGCGGGCGGAAGUCGCGGGUUACGGAGCUGUCGUGAAGGCUUGCUCCAUGACGAGGAGGUGGCAAUAUGCCAUGCACCUUGUGCUGGCCAUGCGUGGCUUGAGGGUGGUGGAUCUGCAGGCUCUCCGCGACGUGCAAGCAGCUGUCGAGCUUGUGCACAUGCCGGUCGCAGAUCAGCCUGUCAGCGAUGCGCAGCAGAGGCGACGGAUUGAAACCUCCUUGGCAUCCAUGUCUUCCGCUCUGGCAAGUUUGCUGGAGGGCAGAGACGACAGCGAAGCCCACGUCGACCUGGCGAGCCCCGAGCAGCGAGUGGUACUGGAAACUUUGGCUGGGCGUCGGGCGGUGCAACAGAAAAGCACGAAAGGUAUGCUCUGCGUCGGCCUGAAGCUGGGUGCCAAGGACCUGGCAGAGGCGCUGAAAAUUCUGAAGGAGCCUGCGCAGCUCAUUGACGCGGAGUCGGGCCCGAGGUUAUUGCAGUCAAUGCUGGACAAGGACGCUCCUUUCGAGGUGUUCGUCUCCAAUGUUGAAGCAUACCGCCGGGAUCGCACUCGGAGAAUCGAGGCUGGCGACGAAUCUGCCAAGCUGAGCUUUCCGAAGCCCCAGGCGAAGCAGGCUGCCGCACCAGCGAAGGUAAAGCAGCCUGCACAUCCCCCGCCAAAGCCGCCCGCCAAGGCAAUACCGAAGCAGCCAUCACAGCCGCCGAAGGCACCCGUGCCCAAGAAGCCAAGGGAGCCUUCUACACCACCGCCGAAAGCCUUGGUCAAGAGGAUCGCGAAGGCACCGGCAAAGGGAGGCGCCGCCACGGUGAGCGUGGCCAAGGUUCCAGACCCGACACGCCUUGGACCCUCAAUCCUCAAGCCGACGUGCGAAUGCCGGCAGAUUUUCGAAGUUUGGUCCUGGAACUUCGAUGCUGAGUUUGGCCAGCUCUUGGCGGCCCUCUCAUCGGCUAGUGAUGGCGCGGUGUUGGCGCUGGAUACUGAGUUUCCGGGCUUCUUGCGCGAAGAGAAGCAGACUGCGAAGCGCUCCGCAAGGUACGCAGCGCUGCGCCAAAACUGCGACAAUCUUCGGCCAAUUCAGCUGGGCAUCUCCGUGUCCCAUCGUGACGGAUCCCUCUGUGGGACCUGGUGCUUCAAUCUUUCCUUCGACGUCUACACGGACCUCUACACGGAGGCUUCUGCAACGAACGAAGUAGUCAAUUCUGUGAGAGGAGAUGCUUGGCAGCUGUGA